UACGGCAGGUCGCGCGGACAGAGCGCGCUACGGCAGCGUCAUGGACGUCCUCUGAAGUGUGUCUGAAGAAUCUGAGGAUCUGAGCCCCCAAAACAGCCCCAAAAACAGCUGUUGCCAUGGCGUCGGGCUGGUUGCGUGUCUCCGCUCUGAUGCAGAGGUAUCGCUCUCCGCUCCUCAUCUCCACCUGCUCCGGACUCUUCGGACUCAAUCUGGUCCAGCACCUCGUCCCAGACCAGACGUUCUGCUCCCUGUACCAGGCCUGGUCCAAAGGAGAACCAGUCCAACUGUCCCAGAAACUGGAGGCGCUCUUCCAGCAGGUUCUCCAGGACUAUGGCGUUGUUUCUCCACAGAAGUUCUCGCCGUUUGCUUCGUUUGGGUUCCACCCUGUGGGGGCGGGGCUGCCUCUGCUGCCCUCUGGUGUCCGUGUGGGGAUCCCGGCCAACUUCAACAGCAGCGAGGAGGACACCACGGGCAUCACCGACCGCACCAUCUUCAUCAAUGGCCGCGCCGUCGACUGGAGCAGCGCCACGGGCUCCGCCCUCAGACACGCCCUGCUGCUCUCUGAGCAUGCUCAGAAGUUUGCUUUGGCUCGUGAGGUGGCGCGCUUGGACGGUUAUCUCCCGGUGAUGAGCGCGGCGGUGGCGCCGGUGUGUGUGGGCGGAGUCUGGGUGUACAGCGUGCUCUUAAAGCAGCUCUUUCGCCUGCACAGUGGGCCUGUGGUGUUCAGAGCGGCCGUGAACGCGCUCUCUCUCUGCCUCGGCGCCGUCUCGUACUUACUGUGCUCCGACGCCGUGGGACAGUUUGUGGACUACAGCUCGGACCGCCGCGCCGCCGCCGUCUCCCCGCACUAUGCUAAUGGAGGUGUGGAGUUUUAUGACAAGAUCCUGUCCAGGAAUAGGACGUUACGGUCACUCAUGGGUCAGAAAGGAGAGGAGAUGUACGCACCCAACGGUAACCUUUUCCCCGCAAACCUCCUGCAACUCAAGCACGUGCCCUAUACUGCCCGGAGGGACGGCAUCAGAGCCAUGAUCUCACAGGAGAAAGCCUAACGUCGUACUGCCCGGAGGGACGGGACACAAAUAAUGAACUGAAUAAUAAAAUGGUCCUUGUCCAAAAUGAGUCUGCCCAGAUCCCCGGCCCAGAUCCCCGGCCCAGAUCCCCGGCCCAGAUCCUCGGCCCUGGACAUUUGCCUGGUCAUUUCUGACGUUUGGACUUGUAUACAAAGCGUGCGCUCUGUGACUAAAUCUAUUUAACAUGUAAAUAAAACAUUCAGG